UUUAUUCUUUGACAUUUGGUUAACAAUCAUUUUUCGGCAUUUAAAUCUAAUUAUAAACAAAUAAAAUUGAAUUCUUUGCGGUUAACAUAACGGACAAUUUGCCAGCAAACCUGUUACAAUGACGACGGACAUUUCCAUUGUUCGAUGGGAUCCCAGUCAGGGUCCUGGUAACGAAUAUAUCGAUGAAUACGAAUACGAUGGCGGCAACUCCAGUUCACGCUUGUUCGAACGGUCACGCAUCAAGGCGCUCGCCGAGGAACGUGAAAGCGUACAAAAGAAAACAUUCACCAAGUGGGUCAAUUCGCAUCUAUGCCGCGUCAACUGCCGUAUUGCCGAUCUCUAUGUGGAUAUGCGCGAUGGCAAGCAUUUAAUUAAAUUGCUUGAGGUACUGUCCGGCGAACGCCUGCCCAAGCCCACCAAGGGCAAGAUGCGUAUACACUGCCUGGAGAAUGUGGAUAAGGCUUUGCAGUUUCUACGUGAACAGCGUGUCCAUCUUGAGAACAUUGGUUCCCACGAUAUUGUCGAUGGCAAUGCCUCACUCAAUUUGGGCCUCAUUUGGACAAUUAUUUUGCGCUUCCAGAUUCAAGAUAUCACGAUUGAGGAGGUGGACAAUAAAGAGACAAAGUCGGCCAAGGAUGCGCUGCUGUUGUGGUGUCAAAUGAAGACAGCCGGAUAUCACAAUGUGAACGUGCGAAACUUUACAACAUCAUGGCGUGAUGGUUUAGCCUUUAAUGCCAUCAUACACAAGCACCGUCCAGAUUUAGUGCAAUUUGAAAAGCUUUCAAAAACGAAUCCGAUACACAAUCUAAAUAAUGCCUUCGAUGUGGCCGAGGAUAAACUUGGACUGACCAAGCUGCUCGAUGCCGAGGAUGUCUUUGUUGAGCAUCCCGAUGAAAAGUCCAUUAUAACCUAUGUGGUUACUUACUAUCAUUACUUCAGCAAAUUGAAGCAGGAAACUGUGCAGGGCAAGCGUAUUGGCAAAGUCGUGGGCAUUGCUAUGGAGAAUGAUAAAAUGAUUCACGACUAUGAGCAUUUUACGAGCGAUUUGCUCAAAUGGAUUCAGACCACCAUUACGUCGCUGGGAGAGCGUGAGUUUGAGAACUCUUUGGUUGGCGUGCAAGGACAACUGGCGCAGUUCUCCAACUAUCGCACCAUAGAAAAGCCUCCCAAAUUUGUGGAGAAGGGCAAUCUGGAGGUGUUGCUGUUUACUCUGCAGUCUAAGAUGCGCGCUAAUAAUCAAAAGCCCUAUACUCCGAAAGAGGGCAAAAUGAUAGCGGACAUAAACAAGGCCUGGGAGCGUCUGGAGAAGGCUGAGCAUGAACGUGAGCUGGCAUUGCGCGAGGAGCUUAUACGCCAGGAGAAGCUCGAACAGUUGGCGGCUCGCUUCGAUCGCAAGGCUUCCAUGCGUGAGACUUGGCUUUCGGAGAAUCAGCGCUUGGUUAGCCAAGAUAACUUUGGCUUUGACUUGGCAGCUGUGGAGGCGGCAGCCAAGAAACACGAAGCUAUUGAAACGGACAUUUUUGCCUAUGAGGAGCGCGUGCAAGCUGUUGUAGCUGUCUGCGAUGAGCUUGAGUCGGAGCGUUAUCAUGAUGUCAAACGCAUCCUGCUGCGUAAGGACAAUGUCAUGCGUUUGUGGACUUAUCUGUUGGAAUUGCUUCGUGAUCGUCGUAUGCGUUUGGAGAUUUCAUUGCAACUGCAGCAAAACUUCCAGGAAAUGCUGUAUAUUUUGGACAACAUGGAGGAGAUUAAGCAGCUGCUUAUGACUGAUGAUUAUGGCAAGCAUCUUAUGGGCGUAGAGGAUCUGCUGCAGAAGCAUUCUCUUGUCGAAGCGGACAUCAAUAUUUUAGGUGAACGCGUCAAGCUUGUAGUGCAAAAUUCUCAAAAAUUCCUAAGCGACGAUCCCGAAUCGUAUAAGCCUUGCGAUCCCGAAAUUAUUGUAAGCCGAGUACAGCAGCUAGAGGAUGCCUAUGCAGAGCUAGUGCGUCUAGCAGUGGAGCGUCGCAGCCGUCUGGAAGAGAGUCGAAAGCUCUGGCAGUUCUACUGGGACACAGCCGAUGAGGAGAACUGGAUCAAGGAAAAGGAGCAAAUUGUGUCGACAGAUGAGAUUGGUCAUGACCUGACUACCGUCAACCUGCUGCUGAGCAAGCACAAGGCACUGGAAUCAGAGAUUACUUCACAUGAUUCACAGUUGCAAAAUGUAGCUAAGGUGGGCGCGGAGCUGAUAACCGAGGGACACUUUGGCGCUGAACGCAUUAAAGAUCGUCUUAAGGAGAUUUUAUCCAAGUGGGAUCAUUUGUUGGAUUUGACCAAAUAUCGUCGCCAGCGUUUGGAGAAUGCUGUAGAAUACUUCCAGCUGUUUGCAGAUGCAGAUGAUGUGGACAACUGGAUGCUGGAUACACUGCGCAUUGUUUCUAGCGAAGAUGUUGGCCGUGAUGAGGCCAAUGUACAAUCGCUGCUCAAGAAGCACAAGGAUGUGGCGGAUGAGCUGAAGAACUAUGCUGAGGUUAUUGAUGCACUGCACAAGCAGGCGGAGACACUGAAGCUUAACGAACCGGAGAAGGCAAACGUAGAUAAGCGUCUAGAGGCCAUAGAUACACGCUACAAGGAGCUCACUGAGCUUGCCAAGCUGCGCAAACAGCGUCUCCUGGAUGCAUUGAGUCUUUACAAGCUAAUGUCCGAAGCAGAUGGUGUGGAGCAAUGGAUUAAAGAGAAGACCAAGAUGUUGGAUACCAUGACGCCCGGCAAGGACAUUGAGGAUGUGGAGAUCAUGAAACAUCGUUUCGAGGGUUUCGACAAGGAAAUGAACGCUAACGCUUCACGUGUCGCAGUGGUUAACCAACUUUCACGCCAGCUGCUCCAUGUGGAACAUCCUAAUUCCGAUGAAAUCUUGGAGCGACAAAACCAUCUCAAUCAAGAGUGGUCUACGUUGCGUGAAAAGGCUGAGGCCAAGAUGGAUGACCUGAAGUCGGCGCAUGGUGUACAAACCUUCUAUAUUGAAUGCCGCGAGACUAUCAGCUGGAUUGAGGAUAAAAAACGCAUCUUGACCGAAACUGACAGCCUGGAAAUGGACUUGACCGGUGUCAUGACAUUGCAACGACGCCUUAGCGGCAUGGAUCGUGACCUGGCUGCCAUACAGGCCAAGUUGACAAGCUUGGGACAUGAAGCCGAUAGUAUUGAGGUGGAGCAUCCUGAAGAGGCGCAACUUAUACGUGAGCGCAUUGCACAAAUAGAGUUGAUCUGGGAGCAGCUGACGCACAUGCUUAAGGAGCGUGACUCUAAGCUGGAGGAAGCUGGCGAUUUGCAUCGUUUCCUGCGCGAUCUUGAUCAUUUCCAGACUUGGUUGACCAAGACACAAACUGAUGUGGCCUCCGAAGACACACCGACAUCACUGCCAGAAGCGGAGAAGCUGCUCAAUCAGCACCAGUCCAUACGCGAGGAGAUUGACAACUAUACCGAGGAUUACAAGGUCAUGAUGGAAUAUGGUGAACGUUUAACUAGCGAGGGCAGCACCACAGAUGAUCCGCAGUACAUGUUCUUGCGUGAGCGUCUUAAUGCGCUCAAAGAUGGCUGGGAAGAACUGCAUCAAAUGUGGGAGAAUCGCCAGGUUUUGCUUUCUCAGAGCCUGGAUCAGCAGCUGUUCAAUCGCGAUGCACGUCAGACUGAGGUGCUGCUUAGCCAGCAGGAACACUUCCUUAGCAAAGAUGAUACGCCUGUGAAUCUCGAGCAGGCAGAGAACCAAUUAAAGCGCCACGAAGCCUUCCUUACCACCAUGGAGGCCAAUGAUGAUAAAAUUAAUACACUGCUCCAGGUGGCCGACACUCUUGUGGAGAAGGAGCACUUUGAUGCGGACAAGAUUGGCAAGCGUGCGGAAAAUAUUACCGGCAGACGCGAUGAUAAUCGCCAGCGCGCGCUCGAUCAGCACGAAAAAUUGAAGAAUCAAGUGAAGCUGCAUGAAUUCUUGCAGGAUCUGGAAGAGCUGGCCGAGUGGGUCCAGGAGAAGUAUGUUACUAGCCAGGAUGAGACCUAUCGCAGCGCUAAGACGAUUCACUCCAAGUGGACGCGCCAUCAGGCCUUUGAAGCAGAAAUUGCCGCCAAUAAGGAGCGUCUCUAUGAGGCUGAAAAAUCCGCACAGGAGCUGUCCAAGGAAAAGCCCGAGUUCAAGGAUGUCAUCGAGCCCAAGCUAAAGGAACUCGCCAAGCAAUUUGACGAUCUGGAAGUGCACACCAAGGAGAAGGGUGCGUUGCUCUUCGAUGCCAAUCGUGAGGUUUUGGUACAACAAACCUGCGACGAUAUCGAUUCCUACAUAACAGAUCUAGAAAAGCAAAUUGUUAGCGGUGAUACGGCCAAUGAUUUGACCUCGGUGAACAUACUUAUGCAGAAGCAGCAGGUCAUUCAGACACAAAUGGCAGUCAAGGCGCGCCAGGUGGAGGAAAUUGAUAAGCAGACAGAAUAUCUGCAAAAGACCGUGCCUGAGGAGCAAAUUGAACCCAUAGUAGUUAAGAAGACGGCGGUGCUGGAGCGUUUCGAGAAGAUUAAGGCACCGCUCCUAGAGCGUCAAAAACAGCUGGAGAAGAAAAAGGAAGCGUUCCAAUUCUGCCGCGAUGUCGAGGAUGAGAAAUUGUGGAUUAACGAAAAACUGCCUGUGGCCAAUUCUAGAGAUUAUGGCAACUCUUUGUUCAAUGUCCAUGUAUUGAACAAGAAGAACCAAUCGUUGGCUACCGAAAUUGAUAACCAUGAGCCACGUAUCAAUGCAAUUUGCAAUAACGGACGCAAGCUGAUCGAUGAGGGUCACGAGGAUUCUAAGAAGUUUGAGGCUUUGAUAAGCGAUUUGACACAAAAGUGGCAGGAGCUAAAGGAUGCUAUUGAAAAUCGCAAGAAACAUUUGCUGGAGUCGGAAAAAGUGCAACAGUAUUUCUUUGACGCGCAGGAAGCGGAAUCCUGGAUGAGCGAACAAGAGCUGUACAUGAUGGUUGAAGAUCGUGGCAAGGAUGAAAUAAGCGCACAGAACUUAAUGAAGAAACAUGAAAAUCUAGAGCAAUCGGUAGAGGACUAUGCCAACACCAUACGCCAGUUGGGCGAAGUGGCGCGACAAUUUAGCAGUGAUGAUGUGUCCAGCGGAGAUGCUGUCGCAGUGAAGCAAUCACAGCUUGACAAACUCUAUGCGGGAUUGAAAGAUUUGGCGGGCGAGCGCCGCGCGCGAUUAAACGAGGCCCUGCAGUUGUUCAUGCUAAGCCGUGAGGUGGACGAUCUGGAGCAAUGGAUAACCGAUCGCGAGGUGGUCGCUGGCUCACAGGAACUGGGACAGGACUAUGAUCAUGUCACAUUGUUGUCGGAGCGUUUCAACGAGUUUGCCCGUGAUACUGAGGCAGUGGGUGGUGAGCGAGUGGCCAAGGUUAAUAGCAUUGCGGAUAAUCUGAUACAAGCUGGACACUCCGAUUCGGCUACCAUUGCGGAGUGGAAGGAUAAUUUGAAUGAAUCCUGGCAGGAUCUGUUGGAGCUGAUUGAAACACGCACGCAAAUGCUGGCUGCUUCCCGAGAACUGCACAAGUUCUUCCAUGACUGUAAGGAUGUGUUGGGACGUAUAUUGGAGAAGCAGCAUGGCGUCUCAGAUGAGUUGGGCCGUGAUGCGGGCUCUGUAUCCACGCUGCAACGCAAGCACUACAAUUUUCAGCAGGAUCUGACAACGCUCUAUUCGCAAGUGCAACAAAUCCAGGAGGAAUCCGCCAAGCUACAGGAUGCCUAUGCCGGUGACAAGGCUAAGGAGAUUACUAAUCGGGAGCAGGAGGUGCUGCAUGCCUGGGACAAUUUGCAAGCCAUGUGCGAUGCACGCAAACAAAAACUUGCUGAUACGGGUGAUCUGUUCCGCUUCUUCAACAUGGUGCGCAUACUUAUGAUCUGGAUGGAGGAUUUGGUGCGCCAGAUGAACACGUCGGAGAAGCCGCGUGAUGUCUCUGGUGUUGAGCUGCUGAUGAACAAUCACCAGAGCUUGAAGGCCGAGAUUGAUACACGCGAGGAUAACUUUAGUGCCUGCAUAUCGCUUGGCAAAGAACUGCUCACACGCAAUCAUUAUGCCUCCUCGGACAUUAAGGAUCGUCUAAUGCAGCUGAGCAACAGUCGCAAUGCCUUGCUGCUACGCUGGGAGGAGCGCUGGGAGAAUCUGCAGCUAAUUCUGGAGGUUUAUCAGUUUGCACGCGAUGCUGCCGUUGCUGAGGCUUGGCUGAUUGCCCAGGAGCCGUACCUGCUAUCGUCAGAGCUAGGACACACCAUUGACGAGGUAGAGAACCUGAUUAAGAAACAUGAGGCAUUCGAGAAAUCAGCUGCCGCACAAGAGGAGCGCUUCAGUGCACUUGAGCGAUUGACAACGUUUGAGCUUAAGGAAAUGAAGCGGCGACAGGAGAUGGCUGAGGAGGCUGAGCGACAACGCAUCAAAGAGGAACAGGAGGCUAAGGCUGCCAGCGAAGCAGCGGAACAGGCUAAACGUGAGGCUGAGAGACGCGAUGACGUUGAUAUGAGCACCUCACAUGACGAAGCAGUUGCUGCUGAUACAGCCGUCGACAUUGAGCGCGUUGUGGAGACCCAAACAGAGCGUGGCGCCACACCUUCUGCUGGCGAUGGACAGGAGGGUUAUGUGACACGGAAACACGAGUGGGAGUCUGCCACCAAGAAAGCUUCAAAUAGAUCUUGGGAUAAGGUCUAUAUGACUGCACGAACCGGGCGCGUGUCGUUCUUCAAAGAUCAGAAGGGUUAUAAGAGUAAUCCUGAAUUGACCUUCCGCGGUGAGCCUAGCUAUGAUCUGCAGGGUGCUGCCAUUGAAAUUGCCAGUGAUUACACCAAGAAGAAGCACGUCCUGCGAGUAAAGCUCGCCAAUGGCGCCGAGUUCUUACUGCAGGCCCACGAUGACAGCGAAAUGUCUCAAUGGGUGAACGCUCUGAAAGCCCAAAGCGAUUCGGCAGCUGUGGCCGCCAGCAGAUCCCAGACUCUGCCAGCCACUUCACAGAAGGACGAACCAAAGCGCAGAUCAUUUUUUACUUUAAAGAAAAAGUAAAUUGACAAUUUAAGAGCAGCUAAUUAAACGUAAUACAAAAACAAA